AGAAUAUUAUCAUUUUAGGUUUAAUACAGACAACAUCUAUACUUUUGACGCAAGCCAUGUCGAGUCUUAUUAAUGUGCAUCAUGUUCUUAUGGCGACUUUUCAUUUAUUGUUCCUUAUUUGUGCAGCUGACUUUCAGAGGGAUUCAAGCUGUUUCACCUUCAUACAUACAAAUAAUACAAGUCCACAAGAUGUGGAGGAUUCCUGUUUUGAAAUGUCCAAAAGCAGUGUUAAUAUACUUUACGGAGAGGUGCUAGUGCUAUCUAAAUUUCCUGAGUCGAAAGUUUCUACAUUUGGACUUCCUGCAUAUGAUAUACCAACAUCACAGUGUAAUAUGCGGCAGCGCAAAAUUGAGAACUGUAUUGCAAAUGGAUCUAAAAAGUACCUGGAGACUACGUGUAAUACAGUCUGUUUUGAUGGGAUGCUAACACAGCUCAGGACUGUUUAUAGGAACAGUUUUAUGUUUUUGAAUGGGUGCAGUAAUUUUCUGAAUUUAAGACUGACUGAUUGUCGAAAAGGAAUCUACCGGGGCAUCUCCGAGCAUUGGUGUUUUGUGUUUUCAGCUUUCAAAGAUGUUCUAUUGGCGACAAUACAUUUAUUGUUCUCUAUUUGUGAAGCUGACUUUCAGGGGAAUUCAAGCUGUUUCACCUUCAUACAUACAAAUAAUACAAGUCCACGGGAUGUGGAGGAUUCCUGUUUUGAAAUGUCCAGAAGCAAUGUUAAUAUACUCUAUGGAGGUAUAAAUCUAUACAUAAAGAAUCUGACCAACGACUCUUCGUGUUCUUUUAUGGACCUCAAACUUGAGACAAUGCAAAAAUACAUAAUUGAUGGAACCGGUCAACGAAGACUGUGUAGAACAAAGAUGGUUUUCUCCAUCAAUACCACCAUGUGCGAAAAAACAAUUAGACAUCUUAAAUUCUCCUGUGAUGAAAACCGUCAAACAAGAAAAAGCAUAUUUUUUCAAAAGUGUGGAAGUACACGUUGUCUAGAUAAAAAUAUGAAGAGUGAAGAAAAUUCAAAAGAUAAAGCUCAAGGGGCAUUGAUGAUAUCUGAACUUCCUUUGCCAAAUCUAUCUACGUUUGGACUUCCUGCUUAUGACAUACCAACAGCACAUUGUAACAUGAGGCAGUGCAAACCAGUGAAUUGUUCUGCCAAUCAGUUAAACAACUUUUCGGUGACCACACCUGAACACACGCCAAUGCAAGCUAAAGACAUCCAAUACAUGCUUUAUGCAAUCGGAAGUGGAUGUGGUGGACUGCUGGUCGGAAGUUUAGUAACAUCUAUCGUGUGCAUUAUUCUUAAUAAAUACAAGAAGAAUUAUAGAAAUUUUGGUGUUGUGUCUUUUUCCAAAGGCAACGUUCAACUGUUGUCUGAGACGGAACGGAAAAUGUCCAUUCACUCAAAGGAGGGCGAAACUGUGUAUCAUGAUAUCUCCGAUGUAGCGGGACCAUCAAAGGUUAGAGCUAUACAACACGGUGUAUCUAACCUAUUGACAGACGAUUCCUCUGAACAACGCUACAGUGAAAGUCCAAAAAGCAGUACCAGUGCUUACGAAAAUGGAAGCAUAUCAUCACAAUUGUCAACAAAGAGUGCACCUACCAAGGAGAAAGAAAGCUUGAAAAAACGUGAAACCCCCCAAAUUUAUCAUAAAUUAGCGAGGGAUUAUAAGGUUAAUUCAGGAAAUGUGGCCAUAAUGACUGGUAAAGAAACAAAUGUUAUAGAUACUGACAAUGACUACAAAAAUGAAACGUCUUUUGAGGAAGGUGGGCAAUGUUCGGCCUCGAUGUAUGAAAGCCCCGUCGAUAAACAUCAUGUCUCAUUUCUUCAAAAGGAAGAACAUGACUCUAGUUAUUUAUUGGAGAGUACUGUUGAACGUUUGUCAGAGACGGGCGACGUGAAGAAAACCUUACCUGGUGUUUAUCACACCUUACAGGAGGAAGGAAGUGAACAUUUAGGGGAUGUGACGAUAGGUAUGGAAAGCAAUGCCGAUCAAGAUAAAAUAAGUUCGAAUGGUUCGAAUUCACAGAAGGAAUAUUGCGUAAUUACGGCAAAACCUCUAGAACAAGAAAGUUCCUCAUCUGAAUCAUUAAGUGAAAAAUACUGUUUUUCCUUCAUUCAUACUGAUGAAAAAAGUCCAGACAACCUGGAGGAGACCUGUUUUGAAAUGACCAACGACAGAGUUAAUGUCUUUUCACCAGGUAUAUCUUUUUAUGUCAUGGACCUUGAUGAUAAGAAGCCAGCAUCGUGUUCUUUUGAAGACAUCAAACUUGAAACCAUACAGAAAUACAUUACAUUAGAAGGCACCAGCCAACGACGAUUGUGUAGGACAAAAAUGAUUUUCUCCAUCAAUACGACCAUAUGUGAAGACAAACUGACAUAUCUGAAAUUCUACUGCGUGGGAAAUGUCACAAGAACAAAAAACCUAUUUUUUCAAAAUUGUUUUUCUGUUCACUGCCCUGGGAAAAUGUCGGAAAAUAAGGAAAAGCAAACAGAUACGGAGGCGCUGGUACUGUCUGAAUUCCCAGCAGUUUCUAAGUCUGGACUCUUUGCUUAUGACAUACCAACAACACAAUGUGACAUGAAGCAGUGUAAAUUAGAGAAUUGUUCCACUGACGAAAUAAGAAAAUUAAAGGAAAGAAUUCUAAUAAGAAAGACGAACAAAACAGAAGACAAGGGAUGUUUGUUUUUUACAAUUGGAAGUGGAAGUGGCGGACUUCUAGUGGGGAUUCUAUUAACGUCCGUCACGUGUCUUCUUUUAAACAAGUGUAAAACAAGUAGCAGAAAUAUUGGAGAAGUAACAUUUUCCAAACAGAAGGUUCAUCUUUUAUCUGGGACAGAAAGAAAAAUGUCCAUUCAUUCUAAAGAGGAGGAAACUGUGUACCACGAUAUAAGCGAUAUUCCGGGCCCCUCACAGUUAAGAGAUAUACAACAGGGCGUUUCUAACCUUCUUACAGACGACUCCCCAGAACAACGCUACAGUGAAAGUCCAAAAAGCAGUACUAGUGCUUACGAAAACGGAAGCAUAUCAUCACAAUUGUCAACAAAGAGUGCACCUACGAAGGCGAAAGAAAGCUUGCAAAAAAGUGAAAAACCGCAAGUAUAUCACACAUUGGCCAGGGAUUAUAAGAUUAAUUCAGGAAAUGUGGUCAUUUCGACUGGAAAACAAACAAAUGUUAUAGAUACUAACAAUGACAACAAGAAGGAAGCAAAGUCUUUUGCGGAAGGUGAGCAACGUUCGGUGUAUGAAAGUCCAGUUGAUAAACAUCGUGUCCCAUUUCUUCAAAAGGAAGAACAAGAUUCAAGUGAUUUGUUGGACAGUACUGUUGAACGCUCGAUAGAAACGGACGAUGUGACGAAGAGCUUACCUGGUGUUUAUCACACUUUACAGGAGGAAGGAAGUGAACAUUUAGAGGAAGUGACGAUAGGUAUGGAAAGCAAGGUCGAUCAGGAUAAAAGAAGUUCAAAUGGUUCAAAUUCACAGAGGGAAUAUUACGUGAUUAUGGCAAAACCUCUAGAACAAGAAAGCUCCUCAUUUGAAUCAUUAAGUGAAAAAUAAUGCAUAUAAAUAAUAUUCCUAAUUUUAUAACAGAAAAUUCUUUGAGAAAAAAAAGUUGGACAAAUUUUUGUGUUUAAUAAAAUUAAUAUGGUUGAGUAAAACAAACAUUAGCAAUAUCUAAUUCUCAUUUUUGAUAUUAUGUACAAAACAAUCUAGAUGCCAAAAUUUAAUUGUUUUUUUUUAAAUAUUAUCUUGACUGAAGAUUAUAAGAAUAAUUUACCAGAAAUAUCCAGUGGCUUAUCCAACUGCAUCCUGGGGGAAAGGUAACUAGUUGUUAAUAGAAACAGUUAUUCCGGUGUCUCACUUUUUUGUAAUUAUAACAGUUAUCUAUAUGAACAAUAUUUAA